AUGGAGAAACUAAAUAUUCAAUUCGGUGAGAUAUCGUUUUCUUGCCCCUAUGAGAAAGCUAGUGUGUUGCAUGCACCCAUAGUUGCACCUACUUACCGGAAUCCGUUGAAAAAGUUGGUUUCCGAUGUGUCGUCGCCGGCACCAGUAAGUCGCAAACAGGCCCCGACGUUCUCGGAUGAGGAGAAGAUAGAACAUAUGAGAUUCACGCAAGUGAAGAGUAAGAAGGAUUUUGUUCACUACGAGAGAGUGGAUGGGAAAGAGAUAAACGUGGUUGAAGGUGUUGAAUUACAUACUGGAAUUUUCGAUGCAAAAGAGCAAAUGAAGAUUGUUGAAUGUGUGUACAAAACAUAUUAUGAACCAAAGAAAUGGAUGGGGCGCAAAGGGCGUACAAUUAUUCAAUUUGGUGGCUGUUACAAUUAUGCAGUGGAUAAAAAUGGCAAUCCUCCUGGUAUAAUAAGAGAUGAAGAAGUGGAUCCAUUGCCUGUUUUAUUCAAGCAAAUGAUUAAGCGGAUGGUGAGGUGGCAUGUUUUGCCACCAACAUGUAUCCCUAAUAGCUGCAUUGUGAACAUUUACGAUGAGGGUGACUGCAUUCCUCCUCAUAUCGACCAUCACGAUUUUAUUCGACCGUUUUGCUCCGUGUCGUUUUUGUCGGAAUGCAACAUUGUUUUUGGAUCGAGUUUGAAGAUUCUUAAUCAUGGCAUUGGAGAAUUUUUCGGUCCAGUCUCAGUACCUCUACCAGUCGGAUCGGUGCUUGUUUUACAAGGUAAUGGAGCUGAUGUUGCAAAGCAUUGCGUACCUCGUGUUCCAUCUAAAAGAAUCUCCAUUACUUUUAGAAGGAUGGAUGAAAGCAAAUUGCCUUACAACUACAAACCUGACCCAGAGCUUAUGAAAAUUCAACCUAUGGUUUUUAAUCCCCCUCAAUUUAAAGAACCAUCAACUCCAUAA